CACAAGAGGGAGAAGAAGAGCACCAGUCACAGUCAGCUGAAGGAAGGAGCAGGUGGUGGAAUGGCGCCCUCCCACAUCUCCAUCCCCACUAAAUUGCCUCUCUUCGUGGUGUCCGAGGGUGUCCUGCUGCCUGGCUCCACCCUCAGGAUCCCAGUCACCACCGCCGGGAAUAUAAACUUGGUGCGGUCACGGCUCACUUCAGACAGCAGACUUUCCAGCACUGUCAUUGGAAUAGCCACCAGGGAGCCUCCUUACAAGGAUGAGAUUGGGAACACAAUCAAUACAUAUCACAAGAUCGGUACGGCUGCCGUGGUGGUGCAGGUGACAGGCACCAACUGGCCGCGCCCGGUGUACACUGUGCUGGUGACGAGCCUGUGCCGCAUCAGGCUGCUCUCCAUCAUUCAGGAGCACCCGUACCCUGUAGCGACUAUCAAGCAGCUGGAGGACCUCAAGAACAUUGAAGGCGAUGAUGAUGCACAAGUUGCAGAGUUGGUUGCUGAGCUUAAACAGGCAGCACAGAAGGUCAUUGACUUGUUGGGUAUAUCAAUGCCAGCUGUGGCCAAGUUAAAGACACUGAUCAAAUUUAGUAAGUCACUUUCAUCACUGCCAGGGAAGUUAAAAGAUCUGGAUGGCGUUGAUUUGGCUACUCGGAUACGUGUCACACUUCCCCUUCUCCUCCGCCACAUAAAGGAUGCCAUUGAUAAAGUCCCGAGCUCACAGUUGACGGACACCAUUGCUGCACUGGUGAAGACCUCACUGCCAGAGAAGUUAGCAAUCCUGGAUGCUGUUGAUUUGGCUACUCGGAUACGUGUCACACUUCCCCUUCUCCUCCGCCACAUACAGGUCAUUGAAGAGAAGGACAAUGGAAAGACACAAAAUCAGAAGAAACAGUUGGUUCGCCUGUCUCGUGGUGGCCGCAACUUGUCCCCGGCUCAGGACAUUGGAGAGGAAGGGGAGAAUGACAUAGCUGACCUGGAGGCGAAGAUAGCAGCUGCAAAAAUGCCAGAAGAGGCCUCCAAGGCUGCCAAGAAGGAACUCAAUCGCCUGAAACGCAUGGCUCCUCACAUGCCGGAGUACUCCAUGACUCGCAACUACCUGGAGCUCCUGGUUGACCUUCCCUGGUCUGCCUGUGUGAUGGAGACCUGCAGCAUCACCAAGGCCAGGCAGGACCUGGACACUGACCACUAUGGCUUAGAAAAGGUGAAACGUCGUGUCCUGGAAUACCUUGCGGUGCGACAGCUGCGAGGGGACAUGAAGGGACCCAUCCUGUGCUUUGUUGGUCCUCCAGGUGUGGGAAAAACUAGUGUUGCCAAAUCCAUAGCAACAACUCUUGGCCGACCCUACCAUCGGAUGUCCCUAGGUGGUGUGAGUGACCAGCAUGAUAUUCGGGGUCAUCGCAGAACCUACAUCGGUGCCAUGCCGGGCAGGGUCAUCCAGGGCCUCAGGAGUGUGAAGGUGAAGAACCCAGUGAUGCUGCUGGAUGAGAUAGACAAGCUCGGCACAGGCAUCCACGGGGACCCUGGGGCUGCCCUGCUGGAGGUUCUGGACCCCGAACAGAACUUCACCUUCACUGACACUUACCUCAAUCUGCCCUUUGACCUGUCUCAGGUGUUGUUUGUAGCAACGGCCAACUCACUCUCCACCAUCCCCACACCUCUGCUGGACCGCAUGGAGGUCAUCCACGUGCCAGGAUACACUCAGGAAGAGAAAGUCAUGAUUGGCUACCUCCACCUCCUGCCCAAGCAGCUGGAGGAACAUGGAUUAAACAAUGACAUCAUUACCAUGCCCAAGGAAGCCAUUGCCACAAUAAUUGGAGAGUACACGAGGGAGGCAGGUGUGAGGACCCUGGAGCGUAAAAUUGGAGCAUUGUGUCGUGCAGUGGCCGUGAAGGUGGCAGAGUCUGCACCAGAGAAAGAUGAGAAGAGAGCACAAGAAGAAGCUACAGACCUGAAGAGCCAAGGGGAUGAAGCUGGCCCAGAGGAUAACAAAGCAGGGCAACCUGAGAAACGAGCAUUGCCACUGGUCAAUGUGUCAAAGCUGCAGGAACACAUGGAACUGCCGGUCAUGGUAGACCAGAAGAUGAUACGGGACAUCCUUGGGCCUCCGAUAUUUGAAAGUGGAUUGGCUGGGCGAGUGAGUGUUCCCGGGGUGGCAGUGGGCCUGGCGUGGACACCAGUGGGAGGGGAGGUGAUGGUGGUGGAGGCCUCACGCACCACGGGGGACUCCGGUCUCACCCUCACUGGCCAGCUGGGUUCUGUUAUGCAGGAGUCAGCCAAGAUAGCCCUCUCCUGGGUCAGGCAACAUUCAUUCUUGUUACACCUGGAAAAAGACUUCAUGAAGGACGAGGAAAUCCACAUGCACUUCCCGGCUGGAGCCAUCAAUAAAGACGGACCAUCAGCCGGAGUGACCAUCCUCACGGUGCUGGUGUCCCUCCUCUCCAACCGCUGUGUGCGCCCAGACGUGGCCAUGACAGGGGAGAUCACUUUGAAUGGCGUGGUGUUGCCGGUUGGCGGCAUCAAGGAGAAGCUUCUGGCCGCCCAUCGAGCAGGCCUGACAACAGUUAUCAUCCCAGCAGCCAACAAAAAGGACCUGGCAGACAUUCCUAACUCUGUCUUGAAUGAGGUUGAAGUGGUGCUAGUGAACACAGUUGGGGAAGUCCUUCUGGCAGCCUUUGAAGAUGGUUUCCCUGACAUUGUUCCUGGAGACACUCCACUACAUAGCAAAUUGUAGUCUACAACCAAAAUCCUUAUCAGUCAUUUAGGUUUAUAUGAAUAAUUGUAAGCUAGUUGGUAUCUGCUUGGCCACAUUUUGACAUGAGAGAAGUACUUUUUUUUUAUACAUAGAAAUUUACUGUUCACUUGACUGGCAACUGUAUCGUUUCUUCAUUGUGUGGAAGCCCUGAACCAGCAUCCAGCUGCCAGUUACCAACAAGCCAGCACACCAAGCAGACCAUUCUAACCAUUGCUGGCUUGCAGUAUCUAAUGUCACCAGAUAUGUUUUAUAACUUAACAAGUCUAGUGAUAGCAGUAUUGCGAGCCAGUGAGAAUGAGAACAGUCUGCUCGGUGUACCAGCUUGUUGGGGGUUGGAUGCUGCUUCAGGGCUUGGACGCCAUGCAGCUGUCAGCCCACACGAAAGGUAAAUUUUCAUGUACAACACUUUUUCACCCACUUUUAUAAUGUUUCUGUAAUUGUGUUUAAGUCUUAGGUGGGAAGCAAAUAGUUUGGCAAGCAUUGCAUUAUUAGGGUAGGAAAGUGCAAUAUGUGAUAAGUGUUGAAAUGGCACUAUAGAG